AUCAGAUGAAGAUCAGGCCGCCAUCUGUCGAAGUUCUUUUUCAGGACCUCUCUUCGGUCACGGAUCUAUUACAUUCCCAAUCGGUUUACCUUGCCUCGCCUCUGUUUUCCGCUCUUUAUUUUAUACCAUGAUCUCCUUCUGAUACCUCAUUCCACCCACCCCUCCACAUCCUACACCAUUAUGUCUGAUUCUCGCAGACUGUUGGAAGCUGCAAACGCGCUUUCUCAACUUCUACGUCAACACUCCAUUGCCCAUGCCUUCUAUGGAAGCCUUCUCACUGCCGUGCUCUCUGAUAACCCACGUUGCGACGAAAUAUUCUGUAUUGUUGAAGGCGGUUCCACACACCCCUUCCGUCGAGUCAGACAAGCUAUUGUGGGGAGUGAGCACUUCACGACCACACACUCACCAUGGAGCAAUCGCUUGCAUGCUACGUAUCGUCAGGUCAUCCCAGCCAUCGAGAUUGAGAUCCUGCCUGCCGGCGAGUACGGACCCCGACGACUGGAUAGUUCCACUAUCAUGCAAUUACAAGGCAUCCCCUUUUUGACCUUGUCCGAGUUUGUUCGGGCAAAGCUAAAGACUUGGACAAUACGCGGUUCAGACCGUGAUGCUCAAGACAUCAUUUACGCAUUAUGCCGCUACUGGAAUCGAUUGGAUAUCAAUCGCGUUCCUGAGCAAGAUAUGAACCACUUCGUAACUGUCCAUCGCACUGCGGCCUUAUCUUGGGCUGCACUGAAAAGAAAAUAUGGUUUGUAAAAGCGCUGAAAGGUAUGAGU